CACGCCCGGUGCGAGUCCUCGGGGGCCAGGCCACGCACCACUGGCUGCCCCACGUCGCAUCUUAUCUGGCUCGGCGGGUCUGUGGACCACGGCCGCCGCCUUCCAGGGCACCAGAUGGCCUCGGAAGGCCUGGAGGGGGAGCUGGCGGCGGUGCUGGGGGGCCAGGGUCUGUGCGUGCACAACUGUGACUCAGAGCCGGCUGGGGAGCUGCUGGCACCCGUGCGGCUACGGAGGAACGUCUGCUACGUAGUGCUGGCCGUGUGUCUCAACGAGCAGGAUGAGGUGCUGCUGAUCCAGGAGGCCAAGAAAGAGUGCCAUGGGUCGUGGUACCUGCCGGCAGGGAGAAUGGAGCCUGGGGAGACCAUCGUGGAGGCACUGCAGCGGGAGGUGAAGGAAGAGGCUGGGCUGCACUGCGAGCCUCUGACUUUGCUGUCUGUGGAGGAGCGGGGCCCCUCCUGGAUCCGCUUUACGUUCCUCGCUCGCCCCACAGGUGGAGUUCUCAAGACUUCCAAGGAGGCAGAUGCAGAGUCCCUGCAAGCUGGCUGGUACCCACGAACCUCCCUGCCCACUCCACUGCGAGCCCAUGACAUUCUGCACCUGGUGGAGCUGGCCGCCCAGUACCGCCAUCAGGCCAGGCAUCCCCUCAUUCUGCCCCAAGAGCUUCCCUGCAGUCUGGUCUGUCAGCGGCUUGUGGCCACCUUUACCAGUGUCCACACGGUGUGGGUGUUGGUGGGCACAGAGGGGGUGCCUCACUUGCCUAUUGCUGCCUGUGGCUUCACCCCCACGGAGCAGAGGGGUGGCAUCAAGGUGGCCGUCUUGCGGCUGCUGCAGGAGUGUCUGACUCUGCACCACUUGGCAGUGGAGACCAAGGGGUUGCUUGGACUGCAGCACCUGGGCAAGGACCACAUGGAUGGCAUCUGCCUGAAUGUGCUGGUGACAGUGGCUUUUCGGAACCCAGGUAUCCAAAAUGAGCCCCCAAAGGUUCGGGGUGAGAACUUCUCUUGGUGGAAGGUGAUGGAGGAAGACCUACAAAACCAGCUCUUACGGAGGCUCCAGGAAACAUCUGUUGUCCCCGUCAAUAGAUAGGAAGGUGCCAUCAGUGGACAAGGAGCUGGCUGUCUGUGCUCCCUACACCGUGGCUUCACCUCCCCCAGGGAGGCAGGAGGCUGGCAACUAGGGGUCUCAUUAUAUUGCAAACAGGGGAAGUCUUCCCAUGGGGACUUCCAUCUCUCCUCGUCAAGGGGCAGGUCCCUACAUUGCACCAAAAGGGACAGUGCCUUUACCAAGGAAGGAGUCCAAAGCUCAAGAACCCAGUUGUCCUGAGGCACAACGAGGGCACUGCUCCCUAAGGGGAUGUGAGAACUUUGUGGGCACGACAUCUCAUCAUUUUCAGUGCCGGAUUCUUGGGCACCUAGAACAUGGAAGGAGUGCUGGGGGAGGUCACUCCACAGGAACGGGCCCCUUGUUGAUUAAACAGGUUAUUGCUUA